CAGUUUCGGUAUUUUAGUGCAUAUAUGUAAUUAACAGGAUCGAGGUGAAUAUCAUAAAGCAUUGUUUACUUCCGUAUCUUACUAUCAAAUGGAAAGUUGCUAGAUAAUGUAAUUACAGAGGUCUAUAUGUGAGCUUAGAUCGGACGUCGCGUCUCAAGACUGGAGCUUCUGGACCAUUAAUUAACUCAAUAAGACUAGGAGUCUUGGGAAAAGCAACUGUAUGUUUCAUACAUAUAGUUGUGUGUGCAUUUUAUCACUUGAACUCGCUGUAUUGAGUUUUAGGACACCUUAAACUUCCAAAAUCUGAGAAUAAUCAUGCAUGCUUCAUUGUCAGUACUGCUUUGCCUUAUCAGCUUCCUUCUUCCGAAUGUCUUCGGAACAUCCUGGAAAGAUGUUUUUGAGGACAACCAGAGGUGGUAUGGUUCUUACUACUACAAUGAAGAGAAGUUUAAAUGCAGCAUGAGCAUCUACCAUGUUGCAAAAGAGGGACUGGGAACGGUGUAUGCUGGAUUUACUGACCCAGACACCAGUAUAGAAUUAGAAGGGGGACAUAUAUUGAAUGAACCAAACUUAACCAUUCAGUUUACUAAGGCCACUGUGUACAUGGCAACCAGCAAUCGCAUACAACCUAACCAAGAUUUUGAACUCACAGGAAAAUUAAAUUUUAAAAAUGGAGGAUGGGAAUAUCGUGCGAAUGUCACAAGACCAGUGAAUAACAGCUUUAGUGAUUUUGUCCUUAAUACUAUGAAAGUGUCUCCCGUUCCCCACACAAAAGACAGAUCAUUACAGAUAGGACUGACCAUCGGCCUCUCCUUGUUGUUUGCCUUUGUUGGGGUAGGCAUCAUGGUAGGUCUGGUUGUUUGGGGAGUACGCAAAGGUUAUAUACGACAUGUGGCAACCAGUUACAAGAACUUCAAAAACUCCGCUCCCAAAUACAAUGUGAAAGAGGGAGAUGUGCAUAUGUAGGCAUGAAUGCUUACCAGACUUCUGAAAAAUUGAACAUGAAACCAGCAUGAAUUUAUUGUUUAAAUGGAGAGAGGUUGUGAUUUGCUUGCAGUAUUUUUUGUUGUGUAUGGCUAUGGCAGUGUUGUAUUAAAUGGACAGUCACCUUUGAGGUGGCAAUGGCUGCUAUACUAGCUGUACUUGUCCAAAAAGAUAUCACUUUAAAAAUUGAUGUUUAUUGUAAUACAUGUACGCAGAAAGAGAAUUAUUUGAAACUGAAGAUAAAACCAAUACCUUUAUUGUUUACCGGUAAAUAGAGUGAAGGUGCAAUUCGCUUGCAGUAUUUUUCAUUUCGUCAAGCAGUGUUAGAUAGACAACUAUCACCUUUGAGGUCUGCUAUAUAGGCUGUACCUGCAUACCCCCCCCCCCCCCCCCCCCAGUAAUAUCACUCAAUAUAUAAAUGUUAUAUGUAAUACGCAGAUAGAGAAUUAUACACAUAGAUGCUCACAGAGGGUGGAAUAAACUUCCCAUAAAGAGUGGACUGUUUUCCAACAUUAUUGUACAUUUUGGUUACCUUUAUUCCCCUGCAGCUAUAAAUUGUUAUUAUUAUUUGUAGGUAUCAGGGUGUUUUUUAGCUGUUGUGUGAUUCUUCUUUUUAUGAGAUUGAAACUAAUUUACUUCAUUUUUUUUUUUUUAAAUUUUUUUGUUAUCAGUUUGAAUCUGAAUUUGAUGUACACUACAUAUCAUUUAAACUACUGUACAUGACAAACCUUUUAUCAAAUAUUUACAAUGUAGAUCGAUUAUACAUGAGCUUGCUUGAGAAUUGAUUCAUACAAGUUGACAAAAAAUGUGCAUGUUAAUACAAAAAAAAACCAGAAAUAUUAAUAGCAUGAUAAAUGGUGAUUGUUGCUUUCAGUGUGUUUUACCCUUAAUCUCGUAACUUUAUUUAAAACAUUUUGGAUUUGAAGUCUAAACAUUGUAUAAUUGCUUUACUGUAAAACUUGCUUGGAAUGAACUGGAAAUCCAGGAAAUUGCCUUCAAAAGAAAGUUACAUGUAUAUCUUUUUCCUUUUCUUUCAUGUAGUAAAAUUUUGAAAUUCUUCAGAUAAAUAAUUAUGAAGAAUUUCAUUUAAGAUUCUCUCUAGGACUUUUUCAUGUUACACAAUUUUUUAUAAUGAAAUAUAGAAAUAGAUUUUGUAAUACAUGUGUAUCAUUUAUUGGAACGAUAAAAGAUGUUUUACAUACAGUUCUGUUACACGUACAUACUCUGGUGCAUUUUAAUUUUUACUGUAAAUGUAUUUUUCAUAAUAACUUUUUGAGAUGCUAUAGAUGUUUCCCUUGCUCAUUGUCACAGUAACAUUCCAGAAAUGAUGUUUUAUCUACUGUUAUAUUAGUGUACCAGUACUCUUUCACUUCCAUUACCAUUUAUCCUUUAUCCUCCCAUUUUUUGUUCAUAUUAAAAAAGUAACUGGAUUAACACUCAACUGUUUUUUUUUUAAAUAAUACAUACAUUUGUAGGUUUAUUUGCAAUUAAAUAAUUCAGAAAUCAUGUAAUAAUACCAAUUGAUUCAUGAGAUUAUCGGUAUGUAAAAUGAACACAAUAGGAAAAGAAGUAAAUGCCAAUUAAGACUAAAAUGAUAUUUUAGCAGCUAGUGUUUCAGUAUAUAUCUCUGCAAUCAAAACUUAAAUCUCGUCUUUGAAUACUGUUAUACACAUGUAUAAUGUAAUAAAUCUGUUCAUUGUUAUUUUUUACCAUAAUAAUUUUUACAUGAUUGUACAUUUAUUUAGCUUUUCAAAAAAAAAUUUGAACUUUGUGCCUGUCCUUAUUCUUUCUACACAUACCUGUAAUUUGUUUAUUGUACGGUAAUUCUGAUGAAUAUACAAUAUACAUGUGUUUGUAUUCUUUUACUAAGUCUGAGUUUUAUACAAGUCUUUUUGAAUUUCUUUUUAUACAAUGUUCAUACAGCCACUGUAGAAUUUUUGAGAUCAUGAGCUUAAAAUUAUUUUCAAAAUUGAAACAAAGGAACUUACUGGUAGGUUUAAAGGGGUAUGGUCACUAUUUGAACUGAAGAUUUCCAAAUCUCAUAUUAGAUUUUCAUUGUCAAUUUUGAUUUAUGUUUGUUAUUCCUUAACUUAGAUAUUGAGAUAUGAUCGAAAUAAACAGCUACAUUUCUUAGGUAAACAAGGUUUGUGCCUUUUCUUCAAAUAUGGAAUUGCUGAAAAAAGAUUGUAUGUUCUACACAAAAUCAUAAACAGAACAAAAUAUUUAUAUACAUGCACGUGUAAAUAACUUAUUCUGUAAUUUACAACUACUAAACAUUAAAAUUUUGUCUAUGUGAAAGAAAUAGCUGUACCGAAAAUACAGCAGUUUAAAUAUAACGAAUGGAAAUAAGUUUGAAAUUCUCAGAUAAAAUUAUGACCAUAUCCCUUAAAUUAAAUCUUUCAACUGUAGAUGCUUAUAAUUUGUUCUUUUCACAAAAGAUACAUGAAAGUGGCACAAUUAAAAAGCAUAAUAAAGUUUUGCUACAAUAGGAAAAGCAAUUACUGGUAACUUUUAAAUCUUAACUACACAAUUUGUAUAUCUCGAUGAAAAAAAAUGGUUGUUUUAGACUUGUAGAUUACCGGUAUAUUGAGAAUAUUAAAUAUUUCAGAUACAGUGUAUUAGUAGUUCAGGUGUUGGAUAAAGUACUGAAACUAAAGUUGUACAUAUCAUCAUAACUAUUUUUAUAUAUGUGAGGCAUACAUAUCAUUUUACUCAAUGCAAAAUCUAAGUUGAUAUUCUGUACAAAUAUCAGAAUUUCAUUUUGUGUAUAAAAUAAAAACAAGAGAACUGUA